CACACACACACACACACACAUACACACACGAAGAAAGAGGAUAUGACUUUCACUUUCACUUUACACACACUGUAGCUGACUCACCGGGCGUGGAAGAAGAUACUGAUACACACAAACACAGAGAGACCACCUAAAGGACGAAUACAAACCCACCACACACACACACACACACACACACACACAUAAACACACACACAGAGAAAUGGCCUUCAAAUACCCUGAAGUACGGCGAGAUGAGAAUAAGGUGGAUGACUAUAAUGGGGUGAAGAUUCCCGACCCUUACUGGUGGCUGGAGGAUCCGGACAGCGAGGAGACAAAGGCGUUUGUCGAGGAGCAGAAUAAGCUGACCAUGCCGUUCUUGGAGAACUGUGAGGUCAGGGCUCAGUUCCAGCAGCGGCUCACCGAGCUCUACAACUACCCCAAAUACAGCUGCCCAUACAAGAGAGGAAGCAGGUAUUUUUACUUUCAUAACGAGGGUCUGCAGAACCAGGAUGUCCUGUAUGUUCAGGACUCUCUGGACAGCCCUGCUUCGGUCUUCUUUGAUCCAAACAAGCUUUCAGAGGAUGGAACCGUGGCUCUCAAGAUGGGGCGUCUGUCGGAGGAGUGCGAGUAUUUUGCGUACGGUCUGAGCAGCGCUGGCUCUGAUUGGGUGACGGUUAAAUUUAUGAAGGCUGAUGAUCUCACUCAGCUACCGGAUGUUCUGGAGAGGGUGAAGUUCAGCUGUCUAGCCUGGACUCAUGAUGCCAAGGGUAUAUUCUACAACUGCUACCCACUACAGGAUGGAAAGGCUGAUGGUACCGAGACCACAACCAACCUCAAUCAGAAACUCUACUACCAUGUGAUCGGGACCAGCCAAUCGCAGGACAUCCUGGUGGCAGAAUUUCCUGACCAUCCAAAAUGGCACAGCAGUGUCACUGUGUCUGAUGAUGGGCGGUAUGCAGUGUUGUGUAUUACUGAAGGUUGUGAGCCGGUCAAUCAGCUGUGGUACUGUGACCUACAGCAACUACCCAAAGGCAUUUCAGGCUUGUUGCCGUGGGUGAAGCUGGUGGAGACGUUUGAGGCGCAGUACUCCUACGUGACCAAUGAGGGCAGCGUUUUCACCUUCCGUACGAACUUGGACGCUCCGCGCUACCGAGUCAUUAACAUCGACCUGCAGCAGCCGGAGCGCGAGCGAUGGAGCACCCUCAUCCCUCAGCACGACAAAGACGUUCUGGGCUUCGUGCAGUGUGUGAACCAGCGCCACCUCCUGGUGAACUACGUGCAUGACGUGAAGGACAUCCUGCAGGUGUACGAGCUCUCCACUGGGAAGUGGAUCCGUGAUCUGCCCCUGGACGUGGGCACAGUGGCGGGACUGAGCUGCAAGAAGAAACACGCCGACUUCUUCUACAAGUUCACUUCCUUUACCACACCCGGAAUAAUCUAUCACUAUGAUCUGAGUCAGCCCAACGCAGAGCCCACAGUGUUCAGACAGGUGGAGGUGAAGGGUGUACAGUCCUCAGACUACCAGACCAGCCAGGUGUUCUAUUCCAGUAAGGAUGGCACUAAAAUACCCAUGUUUCUGGUACACGCCCGCGGCAUUCAGAAGGACGGCUCCCAUCCAGUUUUCCUGUACGGAUACGGCGGCUUCGAGAACUCUAUCCAGCCGUACUACAAUACAGCGAACCUGCUCUUCGUCAGGCACCUGGGGGGCAUCCUGGCUGUGGCCAACAUCAGAGGAGGAGGGGAGUACGGGCAGACCUGGCACAAAGCGGGAACCCUGGGAAAAAAGCAGAACUGCUUUGAUGAUUUCCAGUGUGCUGCAGAGUACCUGAUAAAGGAGAAUUACACCACCUCCACCCGCAUCGCCAUCAACGGAGCCUCCAACGGGGGGUUACUCGUGGCCGCCUGUGUGAACCAGCGUCCGGAUCUGUUCGGCUGUGCCGUGGCUGAGGUGGGGGUGAUGGACAUGCUGAAGUUCCACAAGUUCACCAUCGGCCACGCCUGGACCACCGACUACGGCUGUGCUGACGACCCCGAGCAGUUUAAGUGGCUCAUUAAGUACUCUCCUCUCCAUAACCUCCCCAAACCCGACAGCGAGGGUCCCCCGUACCCGGCCAUGCUGCUGCUGACGGCGGAUCACGACGACCGCGUGGUUCCCCUGCACACUCUGAAGUACACGGCCACCCUGCAGCACGGCGUGGGCCGCCGGCCCGACCAGAAUCAGCCCCUGCUGGUCCGGGUGGACACCCGCAGCGGCCACGGCGCCGGCAAACCCACCGCCAAGGCCAUCCUGGAGGACACCCACAUCUUCUCCUUCAUCGCCCAGACCCUCGGCCUCCGCUGGAGGGAGUGAGGGGUCAGCGGAGGGGGGGUGGGGGUCGGGAGAUCUGAGAGGGUUUUGAUAGGAAUAAUCUGGAAUAUUCUGGAAUUAGAGAUGAUUAGAGAUGGAAGUACGGGUAUGUUCGACUCUUCGUUUAUCAGUUUUUGUAGGAGUGAAUAAGUUCUGAUCCACAUCACUGCCUUUAACGCACAUAAAUCUGCUCAUAAUUCAUUUUUAUAACGAUUUGAAUAUGAAUAACUGACCCCGGAUCAGCAGUCGCUCUCUGAGAAGAUUAAUAAAGUGGUUUUGGGAAAUCUCAAUAAGAAAAAUAUAAAACUGUAACUCAAACUCUUUUACAACUAAACCAAUAAACUUUACACUUUUACAAAGUAA